AUGGCGACCACCGUCAGCACGCAGCGCGGCCCGGUGAGGUCUCCCGGUGGGGCGGCGACCUGCGGCGUCUGGGCUUGGGCGGGGGUGGCGGGGCGCGGGCUUUUUUCCGCCGUGGCGGAGGCGAUGCGGCCAGGACCUCACCUUCCCGGGACGCUGGACUCGCCGGCCCGAGCGGCGGGGUCCGCACAGCAGAGCCUCGCGUGUCCGCCCUUCCCCUGCGGGGCGCUGCAGGCCGGGAAACGGCUCUUCCUAUGGAGGAGGAGGUGCUCCGCCUGCGUGCCCCCUCCCCCGCACAGCCCUCGGGGCUCCGUGACGUCGCAGGAGGGCUCGCGCACCGUGCACCCCACCCGGGCAGCGUGGACGGCCGCUCCGCAGGGUGUGAGCCUGACGUUGCAAGCCAACAGCGGAACACGGUGUCCACUAGGUCAGCGUGCUGGGGGUUUUGAGGUCGCACCGUUAGCACCCUUGCACCCAGAGCCCAAACUCGAAGCUUCCGCUGAGCGCCCGCUCACCUUGGAUCGGGGGGCCUCGCCAGGCUGCGUACUGCGGCACUCGCUCACCUGCCCCGCCAUCCCGGACCCUAGCUCUCUGUUCCUAAGAGCCAAAGCCCCUGUCCUCCUGGUGGCUCUCAAGGGAUUCCUGACGGAAAAUGACCCGUUCCCAGUGGCUGAGCAACAGAACCAGCAGCUGAGCCUGGACUGGUGUGGGUGGGAGGUCGUGCCACGGAGUGGUGUGUGGGAGGCACUGGGCCUGCUCCCAGAAGGAGCGUCCAGCAGGGAACCGAUUCUGAAGGUCUCGCGGGCACCUGGGCCUUAUGCAGAUGUUGUGUUGCCGCUGGCUGGAGGCCCUCUGCUGCAGGCCCAGAUGGUAUCAGAUGAUCUGCUCCCCGGGUUUCUCAUGCAGCGGGUCAGAGGCCUCAUAGACUCAGACCAGCAGACCAUCCGGUGGAUGGUAUCUCAGACCCACGACCUGGUACCUGCAUCGGGGUGUGCCCCUGGCUGGCGCGUGUGUGGUUUCACCACCAGACUGGCCUCGCCUGUGCUCUCUGGGCUGGGCCCGGCCAACCAGACCUCAGGGCUGUGGGCUGGGUCUGCUGCCCUGCUCUGGGUGCUCUUGGAGGGCCCCCCAGAUGCCAACAGCCGGGUGUACAUCGGCGAGCUCCCCACGGACUUUCUCCGUGUCACGCCCACGCCCACGCAGCAGCAGAUCCAGCUGGAUGCCCAGGCCGCUCAGCAGCUGCAAUAUGGCGGGGCCCUGGGCACCGUGGGCCGCCUCAGCAUCACCGUGGUGCAGGCCAAGUUGGCGAAGAAUUACGGAAUGACCCGCAUGGACCCCUACUGCCGGAUCCGCCUGGGCUAUGCUGUGUACGAGACCCCCACGGCACACAACGGUGCCAAGAACCCGCGCUGGAAUAAGGUCAUCCAGUGCACGGUGCCGCCGGGUGUGGACUCGUUCUACCUGGAGAUUUUUGAUGAGCGGGCUUUCUCCAUGGACGACCGCAUCGCCUGGACCCACGUCACCAUCCCUGAGUCUCUGAGGCAGGGCCGUGUGGAGGACGAAUGGUACAGCCUCAGCGGGCGGCAGGGAGACGACAAGGAAGGCAUGAUCAACCUGGUCCUCUCCUACACGUCCCUGCCGGCUGCCAUGAUGACAGCGCCCCAGCCCGUGGUACUGCUGCCCACCGUGUACCAGCAAGGUGUCGGCUAUGUGCCUGUCACAGGAAUGCCCGCGGUCUGUGGCCCUGGCAUGGUGCCCAUGGCCAUGACCCCAGCGGCCAUGCCUGUCCAGCCCCACUGUAGCGAGGAGGACCUGAAGGCCAUCCAGGACAUGUUCCCCAACAUGGACAAGGAGGUGAUCCGCUCGGUGUUGGAGGCUCAGCGGGGCAGCAGAGAUGCCGCCAUCAACUCCCUGCUGCAGAUGGGCGAGGACUCCUAG